AUGGAGGCGGAGGCAGAAGAAGCGAAGGCGCCGCCGCGGAUGAACCGCAGGCAGUGGAGAGCCGCGAGGGGGAACCGCGAGGACAAGUGGACGAGGAAGCGCCGCCUGCUGCUGGAGGCGACCGAGGAGAAACGCCGCGCGCAGGUGGCCGCAGAGGCGGCGGCGGACGCGGCGGCGGACGCGGCGGAACGUGAGGACGAGGAGGCCGCCGUGGCGAUGCGGUACCGCGACAGCUGGAUUUCGACCUUCUCCAGCUUAUGCGGCUCCUACGAGGAAGCCACGUCCAUAAAGCCAAUGCGAUACACCGACGAGCCGCCACCGCCCUUUGCCGGCGUCGGUUAUGCUAAUGCCGUGGUCGUCUUCUCGGUGAAGGUGACGCAAUUAGAUGAUAGCCUGGAUUGGCCGCUCGAUGUAUACGGCAUCGUUGCCGCGCGGGAUUCAAUUGACCGCAAUCGCAACCUCCUCUUCAACCGCACCAGAGACAAUUGCCAGAGGCUCACCGCAGGGGAUGCCUCUCUAUUGUUGACCGGUCCAAGUCGUGCUGUUGUGAUCGUUGAUCCUGUCAACUACGAGGUUGAACUAAAAGUGAAGGGUGACAUGCCGUCUGAAGAUAAACUCUUAAGCCUUCUAGUCAUCGAGGACAAGUACUAUCUUCCUGGUGAUCGCCGCCAAGGAGUUCAUUGCCACACCUACUCUUCUAAGCUAAGCACAGUGGAGGUGACGGUUGGCCAUCUUGCAAAGACAGUGGAGGCUACUAUCGCUGUGCAAGUUGUUGAGGGAUCCUGGCCAACUGGCCAUCACGGGCGAUUUGCUGCACGUAUGGCCAGUCUCGAUGAUCUGGAGAUGGUGCUACUUGAUUCUCAGGAUGGCAUGGUACCUGUUACGAAAGAUGGGGCAAUUGAGUUUUCACGGUCUGUUGUUUCUGUCGAAGCGGAUGGAGAGCUGACACUUGGUGUGGAUGUCUGGCAAGGUGAUGACAAGGCUGCCAAAUAUCAAGUAAGAUUUGUACCUAGAAAAGCAGGUAGAAGUGAGGAUAUUUGCGAUGUUGGGUUUUGUAAGAUGCGAUUCACCGUUGCUUGGUCGCUUCUUGUGAACUGGUGA